CCUUUCCCUCUUGCAUAUCAAUCCGUCUCAUUCCCACACUGGCAUUAAACAAACACAUUACAAGCACACAAGUCGUGGAGGUUGCUCCUGUCGAAGAACAAAAAUGUUUAAAGAAAUCGUGAUUUUGUGUGGUGUGAUAGUGUUGGUCCAAUCGAACAGUGUGUUCGUGGGCCAUGUGUACGAUCAAACUGGUUUGGUCCGGAAGGUUUACGAUAAGAUGGUUGAAUCUACAGGCAUUCCAUUGAUAAAGAGGGAAGAGGAAAUAUAUUACGAGUACCCUGCUGGCGACCAGAAGAUUAAAGGCAUUGCCAUCAAGGAUCUGACUGAUAGCAAGGCGCAGGCUUCUAUCACUCGUGGAGGUCUGGGCUUUGGGUUCGUGAACAUCAAGUUGAAAAGUGAGCGAGGGUCGGGAUACAAGUAUCUGAUUGAGAUAUUCGCGUAACUUUGUGCUGUGGUUGUGAGCAGUCGAAAUACUCAUCUCGGAAAGUAAACAAAGUGCGUUCGUUGUUACUAUGAUGUGCUCUCUGUAAUUAAAUCGUUCGUUAUAUUUUA